AUGGUGGCCGGGCGGCGGCCGGGCACGGGGCCCCUCUGGGCGCUGGGCGGCGCUGCGCUGGGGGUCUGCCUCGCGGGGGUCGCCGGGCAACUGGUGGAGCCCAGCACGGCUCCGCCCAAGCCCAAGCCGCCCCCGCUGACCAAGGAGACGGUGGUGUUCUGGGACAUGCGCCUGUGGCACGUGGUGGGCAUCUUCUCGCUCUUCGUGCUGUCCAUCAUUAUCACUCUGUGCUGUGUUUUCAACUGCCGCGUGCCACGGACCCGGAAGGAGAUCGAGGCCCGGUACCUGCAGCGAAAGGCAGCCAAGAUGUACACCGACAAACUGGAGACAGUGCCACCCCUUGAUGAGCUCACAGAAGUCCCUGGAGGUGAGCAGAAGAAAAAGAAAAAGGACACUGUGGACACAGUGGCCAUCAAGGUAGAGGAGGACGAGAAGGACAAAGCCAAGAAAGGAUAG